UUGUGAGCGGCUGUUGGCAGGUCUGGUGAAUAGGCCCUGGAAGGGAAAUUGUAAUCACCCAAAACAGGAUAUAUAAAUCCUAGGGAAGUCCAGCUGCUCACGUCUUCUCGGGAACAAGCCAUCGACGGGUUUCAAGGCACACUGGCUUCACUCCCAUCUCGACCCGGCACGAUGAAGUCGCUCCUGCUCCUGGCCGCGCUGGCCGUGUCGGCCGACGCGCACUACAUCUUCAACAUCCUCAUGGUCAACGGCAAGAAGAUUGGCGGCGAGUACACGUACGUGCGGCGCAACAGCAACUCGUACAACCCGGCGUUCCCGGACAUCGUGGAGAAGGCGGACCUGCGGUGCAACGUCGGGGCGAAGCCGGGCGGCAGCGUGCAGACGUACAGCGUGCAGGCGGGCGACCGAGUCGGCUUCAAGGUGUUCAACAACGAGCUCAUCGAGCACCCGGGGCCGGGCUUCAUCUACUUCUCGCGGGCGCCCGAGGGCGGCGUGGCGACGUACGACGGGUCGGGCGACUGGUUCAAGGUGAACGAGACGGGGCUGUGCGGGACGAACCCGGGCACCGACCGCAAUUGGUGCUCGUACAACAAGGACAAGCUCGAGUUCACCGUGCCAGCCAAGACGCCGCCGGGCGAGUACCUGGUGCGCGUCGAGCACAUUGGCCUGCACGAGGGCCACAAGAACCGCGCCCAGUUCUACAUUACGUGCGCGCAGCUCAAGAUCGACGGCCCCGGCGGCGGCACGCCCGGGCCCCUCGUCAAGAUCCCCGGCAUCUACAAGCAGGACGACCCCGGCAUCCGCUACGACAAGUGGACGAGCCGCCCAGCGCCGUACGUGAUGCCUGGGCCGGCCGUCUGGGACGGGAACUAGCUGUUUCGGAGCAGAGAGAGGGUGCUGGGUGUAGGAUUGAAGAUGCUAAAUAGUCUUGACGAUGAGGUAUGGGUGAAGAUGAGGAAAUCGGUGUAUUGUACAUAGUGCUGUGAACCUGUUCCG